CCCCAAAAUCCCCCCCUGGACCCCCCAAAAUUCCCCCCGGUCCCCGGGGUCCCCUCAGCCCUCACCCGCUCCAUGGCCCGCGCUCCGCCAGGCCCCGCCCCAACGGCCCCUUCUCGGUCGCUGAUUGGCUGCAGGAGAUGACGGGCGGGCGCUGCGGGCAAUGGGAGGCCGGAGAAGGGAAAGGGGGGAGGGCGGGAGAGGUUUGGGGGGGUCCCUGAGGGAGGUUGGGACUCCCACAGAGGAUUUGGGGGUCCCUGAGGGCGUUUGGGGCUCCCAGAGAGGAUUUAGGGGGCUCCUGAGGGCGUUUGGGGCUCCCAUAAAGGAUUUGGGGGGUCGCUGAGCGACUUUGGGGCUCCCAGAGAGGAUUUAGGGGGCUCCUGAGGGGCUUUGGGGCUCCCAGAGAGGAUUUGGGGGGCUCCUGAGGGCAUUUGGGGCUCCCACAGAGGAUUUGGGGGGUCCCUGAGGGGCUUUGGGGCUCCCACUGAGGAUUUGUGCCUCUCAGCCCCCCCAGUCCCCAACAGGGACCCCCAAAUCUCCUCUAGAAACUCCAAACCCUCCCAAGGACCCCCAAAACCUCCGUGCCCGGUCCCCCUUGGACCCGCAGACCCCUCCAGGGAAACCGUAAAACUCUCCCAGGGACCUCUAGGGACCUUGUGGGUUUGGAGUUCCCGGAGAAGAUUUGGGGGGUCCAGGGGCCAAGGGGUCUCUGGGGGGUCCCUGAGUGGUUUUGGGGGUCUCUGGGUGGUUUGGGUUUCCCUGACUGGUUUUGGGGGUCUCUGAGGGGCUUUGGGGUGUCUCUGUGUGGCUUUGGGGUUUCUGGAGGGGUUUGGGGGGUCCAGAGGGUGAGGGAUUCCGGAGGGGAAUUUGAGGGGUCCCCGAGUGGUGUUUGGGGUCCCCGUGGGGUUCGGGAGUUCCCCAUUUUUCCAUCUCCAUUUUAAGGAGAAACACCUUUAAUUCCCUGAUUUCCCUCCCGGCUCCAGAUGGUUUUUCUCAGUCCUGCCCGGGGUUUGGGCCAGAAUUCCCCGUUCCCUGGAAAUCCCUGCUGGGACUCGGGUCAUUCAUUUUGGGUAAAAAACAACCGUAUUUGGGUCCGUCCCUCCCCACGGGGUCACGGGGGCAGAGGGCUCCGAGGGGGCAGCGAUUCUGGGAAUUCGGGGGGUUUGGGAGGAUCCCUGGAGGUCUCAAGACAUCCCUGGGGGUCCCACACCUGUCCCAACAUCCCCGAGGGUCCCACACCUGUCGUGAUAUCCCUGGGAAUCCUACCCCCCUCCGACGUCUCCUCAGUGACAGGAUCCAGCUGCCACUUUCCGAAUUCUCUGGAAAUCCGGGGUCACUCCCCCUUGGCUCCCCCCAUUCCCAAAAUUCUGCUGUAUCAGCCCAAAUCUGCAGUUUUUGGCCCAAACUCCCAGGUUUUGGCCCAAAUCUGCCCCUGGAAGCAGCUCCAGUCGAGAUCUGUUUGGGUAUAAAAGAUGGAUUUGGGGCCAAACACCGUGUCCAUAGGAUCCCGGGAAUUCGGGAGCUCAGGGGCCGCAAUGGCUUUGCGUGGGACCUGGUGGCUCCUCCUUUCCUUCUGUGCUCUCUCCAGCUGCAGCUCGGGGGGUCGGGAAUUCCUGGCCGUGUUCCCCCAGAAUGACGACGAGUCCCCGAGUGCGACGCUGAAGCUGCUGCUCACCCGGCAGGGCCCCGGUGACAGGGUGGCCUCGGUGACACUGCACGGUCCCUUCGGCACCCGCGAGGUCACUGUGCCGCCCGGUGUCACCAAGGCUGUGCCCAUUCCCGCCCACCUGGAGCUCACAGGGAGCUGCAUGGCCAACAAGACUGUGGUGGUCCGGGCCAGUGCCGAUGUGGCCGUGGUGGCCAUGAGCGCCAAGGGCUACACAGUGGGUGCCACGGCCCUGCUGCCCAUGCCCAACCUGGGCACCAGGUACUAUGUGGUGACGCCCAUGGGGAAUGACACCUAUGGCAUGGCUGAGCUCGUGGUGGUCGCCGGUGCUGCCAUCACCGCUGUCUCCAUCACCACCACGGCCACAUUCCAGUAUGCCGGGGACACCUACGUGCCGGGCGCAGUGCUGCGCCUCUUCCUGCAGCCCUACCACAGCCUGCAGCUGCAGAGUAGCCAGGACUUCACUGGCACCGCUGUGGUGGCCAACGCGCCUGUGGCCGUUCUCAGUGGCCACACUUGCACCAAGGUGACCGCAGGCUACGACUUCGUGGUGGAGCAGCUCCUGCCGACAGUGGCAUGGGGGAGGAACUACGUGGUGCCACCCAACCCGGUGCAGCCAGGCACUGACCUUAUCUAUGUGGUGACGGAGGAUUGCAACACCGUCACCUAUAACAGCAGCAGCGGGGAGGUCACCAUGGCCAUGGCAGCAGGGGAGGCACGGGCGUUGGUGGUGAACCACAACUCCCCCCUGCACCUCACUGCGGUGGCAGCAGUGCAGGUGCUGCUGUUCUUCACUGGCUCAUCUUGGCAAGACCCCUUCCUCCUCAUCGUGCCGCCUGUCACUGCCCACUGCACCGCAUUCCACCUCAGCACUGUGCCCGGCUACUACAACCAUGCCAUCCUCAUUGCGCCCACCGCCGCCACCGCUGCCACCACUCUCAACCACCAGCCAGCUGCUGCCGUGAAGUGGCACGGCAUUCCCGGCACGGAGUUCUCCUGGGCCGGCAUCCCAGUGAGUCCCCAGACACGGAGCGCCGAGAACCCACAGGCGCCCAUGGGGCUUCUGGUGUUUGGGUUCGAGAGCCACACCGGGUAUGGCUUUGCUGGGCUCUGCAUCGCCGCUCCAGAGCCGGUCUCCUGCGAGGAUUUGAUGUGCGAGGAGAGGUGUGAGGUGGUGGAUGGACAACCAAAGUGCGUCCAGGAGACCUUCUCCACCUGCUGGCUCACCAGUGGUUCACACUACCGGAGUUUUGAUGGGAAGACCUUCGAUUUCAUGGGAACAUGCACCUACACCUUGACCACCCUCUGCAGUUCUGAUCCCACCUUUCCUGCCUUCUCUGUGGAGGUCCAAAAGGAGAAAAAGGAGAACUCCAAAGUCUCCUCCAUUGGCUCCAUCAAUGUCCACAUCAACAACAUCACUGUCACCGUGGUCCGGGCAGAAAACGGGAUGGUGAGGGUGAAUUCAAUCUCUCACCACCUCCCAGCCAUCCUGGGCGAGGGGCAAAUCCAGGUGUAUCCCCAUGGGACAGGGGUCCUGCUCCGCACUGACUUUGGCCUCGUCGUCCGCUAUAACCUCGCCCAGCACGUGACACUCACGGUCCCCCAGACCUACCUGGGCCACCUGUGUGGCCUCUGUGGCAACUACAACAGGCAACGUGACGAUGAUUUCCACCUCUCCAAUGGCCAACUGGCUCCGGAUGCAACAGCCUUUGGAUCCGCAUGGAAAACCAAGGAUAGGCCUUGUGAAGACACCUGUCCUGACGAGGAGUGUUCCACCUGCUCCAAGGAGAAGGUGCUGGUCCUCCAAAAACCCAACUACUGCGGCCUCCUCACAGCCCCUGAGGGGCCCUUUGGCUCCUGCCACAGCGUCGUUGACCCCACCCCAUAUUCCCAAUCCUGUGUCCAUAACCUCUGUGUGACUGGAGGGGAUACGGGUGCCCUGUGCCAGAGCAUCCAGAGCUACGUCAGCAUGUGCCAGGAUGCUGGAGUCACUGUGGGGGAUUGGAGGACGCCGUUCUUCUGCCCCCUCCCCUGCCCGUCCAACAGCACCUACUCCCUGUGCACCAACACCUGUGCCAAAACCUGUGCCGGGAGGGCCACCAUGUGUCCCCAGACCUGUGCUGAGGGCUGCCAGUGCCACCAGGGCUCCGUGUCAGACGGGCAGGGCUGCAUUCCCGAGGAGCAGUGUGGGUGCUUUGAGGAUGGGCGAUACUACAAGCCCCAUGAGGUGGUUUUCCAGGAUCGCUGCCGGCGCCGGUGCUCCUGUAUCCCAGGCCAGGGCCUCACCUGCCACGACCACUCCUGCACUGAGGAUGAAUCCUGUGAAAUUCGGGAGGGGGUCUUGGGAUGCAUCAACAAAAACCCCUGCAAGUCCCUGAGGUGCCGCCCCAAGGAGCGGUGCCGGCCCCGUGGCUCCGAAUCCCGCUGUGUCCCAGCGUUGGUGGCCACCUGCUGGGCAUGGGGGGAUCCCCACUUCCGUACCUUCGAUGGGCUAGAAUUCGACUUCCAAGGAACCUGCACCUACACCAUGGCUGAAUCCCAUGGGAAUGACCCCAGGCUGGAGCCCUUUAGGGUGGAGGCCAGGAAUGACAUCCGGGGCGGGAUCAGAUCCGUGUCCUAUGUCUCCGUCGUCAACAUUGACGUCUAUGGACAACGCGUGUCCUUCCACCACAAUGAGGACGGGAAAGUCCGGGUGAACGGGGAGCUGGCCCUUCUCCCAGUGUUCCUGGUGGAUGGGAGGCUCCGUAUCCAUCCCAGCGGGCUCCGCGUCACCCUGGACACGGAUUUCGGGCUCCGUGUCUCCUACGACUGGAACUGGCAUCUCUUCAUUGACCUCCCCAGCAGCUUCUUCAGCCAUGUCCGUGGCCUCUGUGGGAACUUCAACCUGCAGCCCCUGGACGACAUCCCCGAGGCCGGCGAUGACAUCCCUGCCCUGGUGGCCUGGGCCAGGGGCUGGAGAAGCUCUGACCCUGACGCCCAGGAUCCCCUUUGUUGGGAUCACUGUGAUGGGGAGUGUCCGGUGUGCGAGGAGAAGGAGCUUUGGGGUGGGAACAGCUACUGUGGGAUCAUCAAGAAGUCCUUCCAGGGGCCCUUCCGGGCGUGUCAUGCUGUGGUGAAGCCCCAGGAGUUCUUUGGCAGCUGCCUGGCUGAGCUGUGCCGGAGCCACGGUGCGAGGCAGGUCCUGUGCCGGGUGCUGGAGACUUACGCAGCCACGUGCCGGAGGAGCGGGGCGACCGUGGGCGACUGGAGGACACCAGCAGGAUGCUACCCCCAGAGGCCCCAGGCCCCCCAGAGCCCCCCCUUUCCAUGGGGUCUAUCCUCCCAGGCCUUGAGGGUCUGA